UCCAUGCCCUCGCCCGCCCGCCGCCAAUCCGCCAUCGCCGUUCGGUUUGUUUCUUCUCCCUUGCUCUGACCCCCUCUUGACCCCGGUCGUCUGCGGGCGGAAGGAGCGCCAGCUAGCCCAGAACCGACGGAGCGAUCCAUCAUCCGAUGGCCACCGACACGUUCGUCACCGACGUUGCCUUCGGGGCGGACGUGAUCGUCACCACCGUGACCAACUCCGGCGCGGCCGUAGAGGGCUGGCUCCAGGAGAUCCGCUCCGUCCUCGGCGACCUCGUCGUCGGGAUGGACGUCGAGUGGCGCCCCAGCUACAGCCCCUCCCAGAACCCCGUCGCGCUCCUGCAGCUCUGCGUCGGCCGCCGCUGCCUCAUCUUCCAGCUCCUCCACGCCGACUUCGUCCCCCAGGCUCUGUCGGGCUUCCUCGCCGACCCCAACCUCCGCUUUGUCGGCGUCGGCGUGCAGGAGGACGUCGAGCGCCUCAGCGACGACCACAGCCUCGAGGUGGCCAACGCGGUCGACCUGCGUGGCCUCGCGGCGGAGGGGAUGCAAAUGCCGGAGCUCCGCCAGGCCGGACUGCAGGCCGUGGCGCGCACCGUCAUGGGAGCCAACCUUCAGAAGCCACAGAGGGUGAGGAUGGGCCCGUGGGACGCCUACUGCCUCUCGUACGAUCAGAUCAAGUACGCCUGCAUCGACGCUUUCGUCUCCUUCGAGGUUGGCCGGAAGCUGCUCACAGGCGACCUCUGAGUUGAUGAUUUCUGCGGCCGAGUCCCCGAAAACUUGCAUUCUUAAGUCUAGCUCGUACUAUUGUGUUUAGAUCUAGUUCUUCAUCUCAUAAUGUUAGGUAAGGGUUUGGGAGUGAUUCUGUGAUGGAAGAAUUAGACAUUGGUGGUGACCAGGAUUAACUUCAGAGCAGGGAAAAGAUUGCGCCUACAACUGGGUGCCAUGAGCCCAUGAGCAUGGACCCUUUUGUGCCAAUCGUAACUCUCUGCGAAAUAUUCUGUCCCAUUAUGCAUUUUUAGUGAACUGUAACUGUUUUUUAUUCUGUGUUAAUGUCAGGGCUGCUUUCAGUUA